CCCUCACCCCCUCACCCUUCUUUCCUCCAACCUUUCUCCUCCUUUUCACCACCGCCACCCUUCGCCCCACGAGCUCAGUUUCGGAGAACCAUCUCACUGUACACGGAGUUCCUCUGCCUCGCGCCACUUUCCGCUGUAGAACAGAGCAUUGUCCGUGGAAUGGAGAGGCGCGGGGACAAGGGGAUGGCGGCGCGGGCGAGGCGCCACGCCGACCAGCCGUCCUUUUCGUCGUCGCUGCUCGACGCGAUAUACAGGUCCAUGGAGGACGAGCCGGGCCACGCCGCCGGGGACGCGGCGGCGACCAAGAAGAAGCAGCAGCAGCAGGAGGAGGCCCUGCACUACAGCUACUACUACAGGCCGUCGCUGGCCGGGAGCUACCGUGCGCGCGCGCCGGCCCCGGGGCCGCACGCCACCACGUCCAGCUCCUCCGAGUGCUCCAGCUACGGCGGCUUCUCCUCGUCGGAGGCCGAGUCGUCCAACCACCGCCGCCUGCGCCCCAUCCGCACCGCCGUGCCCGGCGAGCAGCCCGCGCCCGCGCCGGAGAAGAAGGCCAAGAAGCAGCCGGCGGGGGCCUCCAUCCGCGCCAAGCUCAGGGACCUCCGCAAGCCGGCCUCCCCCGGCGCGCGCCUCGCCGGCUUCCUCAACACCAUCUUCGCCGGCAAGCGCGCGCCGCAGACGCCGCCCUCGGCCCGCACGGCGGCGGAGUACGCGUGCUCGUCCGCGUCGUCCUACUCGCGGUCGUGCCUGAGCAAGACGCCGUCGACGCGCGGGCACGCCAACCGCACCGUGCGGUUCGUGGACAGCGACCGCGAGGCGCCGGCGACGGUGCCCGGGGCGGACCGGCGGAGGGUGCCGGUGGAGCAGAUGCUGCUCCGGCGCAUGGAGAUGGAGAGCGACGAGGAGGACGACGAGGACGAGAGCAGCGACGCCAGCUCCGACCUGUUCGAGCUCGAGAACUUCGCCGCCGCCGCCGUGCCGCCGGGCGCGGGGUACCGGGACGAGCUGCCGGUGUACGAGACGACGAGGGUGGUGCUGAACCGCGGCAUUGGGCACGCGCACGGGCACGGCCGGAGCGCCAGAGUUGUCUGACGUCGCUCGGACGAUCGGAUCGCGCGCGCGGUGACUGUAAAAUGCAAAUUAGUUAGCGAGAUGGGAGGUGGAGUAAGCGUUUUAUUACGUGCUCUCUCUUUUAACCGUUGGUGUUCUCUCUGAGAUUUUCUUUGUUUUUGGGGUGUGGAGUGUACUCAGAUCAGAUGUAAUUUCUAGCCGCAGGAGAUGAAUCAGUAAAAUGUUGUUCCUAGUGUCA